GUAAUACGAAAAAGUCAUAUAUGUAUAGACAAAAUUAAUUAUCAAUCAAUUAAUUAAUUAAAAUUAAUACGUGAACUCCAUCUUCAUACUGCCAUUAAUUCACCUCUCCUCUCUCCCUAUCUCUUUCAAAAGGUUUUUCUUGAACGUGACGACUGCUUCGGCUUUUCAUCAUUUGGGGAAAACUUUAUUCCUCAGCUUUGCCCAAUUUGAUGGAAUUUUUUCCCAUUUAUUGACCCCUUUUCUUCCGUAAAAAUUCAUCCUUUUUCUAUUAUGGAGGUUGUGAAAAUGGAUGAGGUCAAUAAGGCAGACCUGACGUCAGCGGCGGCUUUUGUGGAAGGAGGGGUUCAAGAGGCGUGUGAUGACUCGUGCAGCAUAUGCCUCGAGGAUUUUUCCGAUAGCAACCCCUCCACGGUGACGAGCUGCAAGCACGAGUUCCACCUUCAAUGCAUGCUCGAAUGGUGCCAAAGAAGCUCCAAUUGCCCGAUGUGCUGGCAAACCCUCAAACUGAAAGAUCCCACAAGCCAAGAAUUACUUGAUGCAAUGGAACGUGAGAGGAGCCUCAGGUCUGCGCCCCCUCCACGGAGCACGAGAAUAUUCCAUCAUCCGACCCUUGGAGAUUUCGAGCUCCAACAUUUGCCAGCUGGAAUGGACGACGCGGAACUCGAGGAGCGGAUCAUGCGACAUUUGGCGGCGAUGAGUGGGACCCACCGAAUUGCACGGAGUUCGGGCCCGAGGAGCCGUUCGGGCCAUGCCCGCUCGCAGUUUGUGGUGUAUUCUACUGGUGCAGGUGGAGAAGAAGAAACUCCCGAGACGGGCUCUAUAACCGAAAACAACACAUUUGUUCACGGCAGUCAGAUUUUCGGCUCGUCAUCCCGUGAUAAUAGAGACAAUGCAACCCGGCCAUCGUUGCCGAAUCGAGACAGCGCGGGCCCCUCGGAGUUCCAUUCGUUUUCCGACACAUGGAAGUCUCGAUUCAGUUCCAUUUCGUCAAAGUACAAAGAGUCGAUUUCGAAGAGUACCAAAGAGUUGAAGGAGAAGCUUUUCUCCCGGAGCCCGAGCAUGGUGGAGAUCGGCUCGGAGGUUCGGAGGGAGGUGAGUGCCACCGUGUCCCGAGUGAUGGAACGCCUCGAAUCCGGAGGUGGUGGGACCCACACAACGGCGCGUGCGAAUGGUGGCCCAGAGAGUUCUUCGGCUGGCGAUGACGUGGCGCCGAACGGGAAUGGUCUAUCUAUCUUACCCGCGAAUUCGGUUUCGAGUUAGGUCGUGUGGUGUGGGGAAAUUUAUGAUAAAUGACGGGCCGUCGACCUCGACGUCUCAUCUUUGAAGGUCAAUGUUUUUUUUUUUGUUUGUUUUCUUUCUCCAAGUAUGGCAAUGCUGAGGAUGGAUACUCUAUAUACUUGUAAUUGUUCUUUUGAUCCAAAACUAAUCUGGGAACCUUUGGGAAAAGAGAGGGAAAAAAAGGACUGAUUAUUAACUUAUACUAUGGAUUGGAUCUCUUUUGUCUGUCUGUAAAUGGAAACUUAUUGAUUCCUUACUGAUACUUUCAGAGGUCAAAUUCAGCAGAAACUUGAUGAAUUAUAUGGUUCAUCUGUCUCUUAUUAAUAUUGUUUGCCCUAAUUUAUUUUUCAACUUCAUAUAGUCUAGUCUAUAUAUUAUGCUUAUAUAUCUUGAAAAUAUGAACACUAACAUAGAUUUAGUUCUACGUUUGUAUUGUUUUAUGAAAUAACUAGACCAAUAGACAAUAAUGUGGCCUAUUCAGAUAUUGUAACUAGGACUGCAAACUAACAGCGAAAAUUUGGUUUAUUGAGUCGAGAUUAACAUAAUCUCUUGCUGCUCGAGUUCGUGCUUGAUAGGCUAG